CUCAGGAAGGGCUCAUCUGACGAAGCUUGGUCAAUGAAGCCCAUUCUUGUUUCUCCCUUCUAUGACCAGCAUGAGAAGUCCAACAUUGAUCCCACCUGGGUGCUCGAUCAUGUAGCCAAGCGGCUAGGUUUGUCUUUCUUCCAGACUUCUUUCAAAACCUGCGAAGGUUUACAAGAUCUCAUCACCGAGACAUACCGAUUGCUGGGAGCAAGGUGCCCGGACUUUGCGAUACAGCUCUACAAGACAGACGGAGAGAACGAGAGCCCGCUUGCUGAGCCCAACGAGGGACUGCAGGUAGAGAUGUCGCCUACUGAGCACGACAAGGAACCGCAGGCUGAGAGUCCACCUGCUGAGCCGCCCAAGGCGGCGGAUGCGCAGAGGGACGAUGUGAGGUUGAAGGAUUCGUGCGGCGAGAAGAUCAGGCCCAAGCCGCCGUCCACGGCUUCGGCGGUACUGAGCUGCUGUGGUUGUCCCCUGACAGUCGUCUACAGGAGCUCGGUAGACGGUGUGAAAAGGCGUAUCAACCAAUUGCUAGCAAAUCUUUCUGGGCGCGGUCGUCUGCGCACUCGUGCGCGCGCCUUCAGCGGCGGCACCGAGUGGCGCGACUCUAUGACGCCGCUUCUCGAAAAACCCGUGUAGACUGCCAAGGCGAGCGCAGCAUCUGGCC